AUGAAGCUCUGUAAGCCCAACUGGGUAAAUCAUGAUGAAAAAGCAAUAUUUUCUGUGGAUAUCCAUCCGCAGGGCAAUCGGUUUGCUACUGGAGGGCAGGGUGGAACAGUUGUGGUUUGGAACUUAAACUCUGUCUUAUAUGAAGAAGUUGAAUUGGACCCGAAUGUACCUAAAAUGCUAUGUCAAAUGGAUAAUCAUCUAGCUUGUGUAAAUUGUGUACGGUGGAGCAAUAAUGGUCAUUAUUUGGCAUCAUGUGGUGAUGAUUCCUUGGUCAUGGUUUGGUGUUUAAGUGGGGCAGCAGCUACCUUUGGUAAAGUCAAAUCAGAGACAUGGCGAUGCUUAAAAAUUUUAAGAGGACAUGCAGGUGAUGUUCUUGAUUUGGCAUGGUCUCCACGAGAUAACUGGUUGGCAAGUUGCAGUGUAGACAACAGUAUUAUUGUAUGGAAUGCAGAGAAGUUUCCUGAAAUAGUGUGUGUUCUGAAUGGUCAUACCGGUCUUGUAAAGGGAGUGGCUUGGGAUCCUGUUGGAACAUAUUUAGCAUCACAGUCAGAUGACAAAUCAUUACGAGUUUGGAGUACAGAGGACUGGACUUCUAGAACUGUUAUUACUGAUCCUUUUGAAAAUUGUGGAGGAACAACCCAUGUUCUUCGGCUGUCAUGGUCACCGGAUGGCCAGUAUGUAUUGUCAGCUCAUGCAAAGAACGGUGAUGGACCCACUGCCCGAGUUAUUGAACGGGAAAAUUGGAAACGUGAUAAAGAUUUUGUUGGACAUCAUAAGGCUGUUACUUGUGUUCGUUUUAAUAGUAAUAUAUUUGUAAAGAAUGAUAUGAAAUACUGUUGUGUGGCGGUCGGUUCGAGAGAUAAAGUAUUAUCUAUCUGGUUGACAUCCCUCAAACGACCUUUAGUGGUCAUCCGGAAUUUGUUUAAAGAUAGUGUACUAGACCUGUCUUGGAGUUCUGAUGGUUUUAAUCUUCUAGCAUGCAGUACAGACGGCACAGUCGCAUGCAUACAGUUCAACAACAAGGAGCUCGGCACACCACUAACAAUUGAUGAAAAGAAUGCCCUGUACAAGAAGAGAUAUGGCAAAUGUUUCCUCAACGACUCUGGCACAGACAUAUCAAAAUUGCUAGUGGAGUGUCCCGAGAUAUUGCUCGCUCGGGAGAAACAGGAGCCUAAAAGGGAGUUGCCUAAAGGAGAAAUUACAGCACGGAGUGAACAACUACAACUGCAGCUGGCGCACCCGCCGUCGCAGGCGGGCGGCACGCCGCUGCGGCCCAUGGACCGCCAGAUAGAGACGCGCACGUCCGACGGCAAGCGCCGCAUCACGCCCGUCUUCAUACCGCUCUCCGGCAACGACGCUAACGAGUCAUUAGGCUCCCAGCCGGCCACGGAGAGCUGCUUCAGUACAUCUUCGCAGAGCAAGUCUCGGAUACGUGUGGAGAGGCGCGAUGAUAUCGUCAUACAUCCCAACGUUAGCAACCACGCCACUUCCAACACUAGAAAUGAUAUUGGUCUAGACCAGCGUUUGCGCAAGCGCACAGCGGCCUCCCUCCCCGGGCCCAAAGUGGAGGAGCUGUCCAAGAAGCCGUGCACGUCCCCCUCCCCCGCGCCUCCUGGGCCCCCCACGCAUUCCGGGCCCCCCGCGCACGCCGGGCCCCCCGCGCACGCCGGGCCCCCCGCGCAAGCCGGGCCCCCUGCGCACGUGCUGCCCGCGCCCGCGCUGGGCACGGCCGGCCCCGUGGUGCGCGCGGCCGGCAGCUUCAGGCUACAGGUUGUAAACAAAACAUCAAACUUGUUCUACAGAUCUUUGUCAAGACUAGAAUUAAUUCCAAAUAAUUCGGUGUCCAAUGAUCCGGUGUGGGAGACAUAUUUAGGGUCGGCGGUGACGUGCGUGGCGUGCGACGCGCGCUGGGCGUGCGUGGCGUGCGCCGACGCCGGCCUGCACGCCUGGCGCCUGGCGCGCCCGCCCGCGCGCGCGCUGCCGCACCUCGCAUUAAAAUCUCAAGCAGCCAAAAUGAGUCUCUCGGGCGAUCUUCUCACAGUGGUGACGACGGGAGCCGAAGUGGCUAUAUGGGACUUGUCGAAGGCGACGUGCGUGCUGCAGCCGCUGUGCUUCAGGAACCUUGUGACUCACGGCGUAACAGUAACGAAUUGCUCACUCGUGGAUAACAACAACCCAAUGAUCUCAUUUAGCAAUGGAAAAAGCUAUAUUUAUUGCGAGAAAUUGUGUGCAUGGAUAGUGUGGUGCUCGACGGGCGACCCGCUGCGGCGCGCGGGCGGCGGCGCGCUGCCGCUGGUGCCGGCGCGCCCGCGCGCGCACGCGCUGCACGCGCUGCCGCACGGGCCGUCGAGGCCGGUGUCCGCGGCGACGCGCGCGUGGCUGGAGGCGCAGCUGGCGGCGUGCCUGCACCUGCGCCUCGCCGCCGACUACCGCCACUGGCUCGCCUCGCUCUUCGACCACAUAUUGCUGCACGGUACAGAAGAUCAGUUACGAAAUAUAUUGGAUGAUAUGCUCGGCCCGAGUCAUUGCAUAUCCACGCCUAAGAAAUGGCCGAACACGAUACUGGGAAUCAAAAAGCACGAUAUUUUAGAAGAUAUGUUAGCAGUCCUCGUAAAACAGCAAAGAUGGCAGCGCCUAUACAUCGAAUACUCUGAGCAGUUUAACAACGUCAAACAAAUGAACACAGUCGUCAACGGACAU